CUAUAAACAUGGCCUUUUCCCGAAUCCGGCGCAUAGCGGAAGUUUUAGUGCACCGGAGUGUUUUUUUUUUGUUCUAUUUGAGUCCGCUGUUUAGUUUUGCUGGUUCUGUUUAUUCACUCCUCAGAAAUGUUCUGUUUUUUUUUUUUUGUAAAAUUGAGUAUCCCUCUUAUCCUUUCCUAAAAUUUUUCUACUCCUUUAAAACUCGGUUUGCUUCACGAGAGACAUGGAAGAGCCGGAGGCGGAGCCAGAAUUUAAAGCUCAUGAGUUUAAGAUUUGAACGAAUUUUUUCUCACAAAUAUAUGGUUUAAGGCUACGUUUAUCCAUAAUUUUUUUCCUUAUUUAAAAGAAAAACUCUAAAAUGUGUUUGUCCGCGAAAUUACUAAGUUUUUAGAACAAAAUUAGAAAAUGAGUUUUUCCAAAUUUAAAAUUUUCAUAACCGACAUUUUUUCAAAUGAAAUGCAUGUUCAAAUUAGGAAUUAUGCAUUAUUUGAGCACAUUUUGCCCGAAAAUUAUACUAAGUCGUAUAGAAAAUUAUACAUUACUUUUAUACAUUAUACACAUAUACACUGUGUAAUUUUGAACAACCUUGAAAUUUUUUUUGGCUUUGCCGCUAUCUAUAUACGCUAUAUAAUAUUUUGACAAAUGGUGGUCAAAUGCUAUAGCUCCGCCCCUGGUUCUUUGUCCUUUUAUGUAGUUUGAUACUUAUAUUUGAGACCCCUGUUUAGUUGCUGGUACUUGUUUUUCUCCUCUUGUGCUUUCAGAGUGUUUCUUAGGGGAAUGUUCUUUAGUGGAGUGAAUUUUUAAGAAAUUUUGAUAACUUAGAAUUUUUCUGCAUUUUGGGGCUCUGCGACUUCCUGGAUUUCUUAAGAGGUAACAGCUAUAGUUUAGAGGAAAAAAGAGUAUAUAGCAUGGGGUCAAAUUUAGUGGAUGAGAUAGAUUGUGCCAGUUUCUUUGACCAUAUGGAUGAUUUGAUUGAAUUUUCCCAAGAAAAUGAGUGUGGUGACCUUGACUCUACUGAUUGCAAGAAUUUUCCCAGCAUUUGCAACGACCCCUUGCCGGAUUCCGACUCACUUUUCUUUGGCAGUCACAGAAAUUCACCUUCCGACUUCUCAGCCGAGCUCUUAGUUCCUUACGAGGAUAUAGUUCAACUCGAAUGGCUUUCAACAUUUGUGGAGGAUUCCUUCUCUUGUGGCGGAUUGACAAUGGGGAAAGAACAUUUUCCUGUCAACAAGGAGCCAUCUCAUAGCAAAUUCCUGUCCUCAAGUCCUGUUUCUGUGCUUGAGAGCAGCAGCAGCAGCUCAUCAAGCUCGGGGGCGGGGAAAACGACUCCUCCUCUUAGUCCAUGCCGUCGUGGUACACAACGUGCUCGGAGCAAGCGUCCUCGCCCUGCGGCUUUUAAUCCUCGGCCAGUAAGUCAACUCAUGUCUCCAACAUCAUCCUUCACCGAGAUUCACCAGCAAUUUGUUGCGCCUGAAGAUACAUUGGAAUCUGACAAUUUCGGGGAGUCUCCAAUGAAGAAAAAGAGAAUCAAAUUUUCCAUUCCUCUAGUUCCAGUCGACACGAAUCAGAAUUACCAGCGGGCACUACAAACAGUUAGGAAAUGCAUGCAUUGUGAGAUAACAAAGACGCCUCAAUGGAGGGCAGGUCCAAUGGGACCAAAAACCCUCUGCAACGCGUGUGGCGUUCGCUACAAGAAAGGUCGACUCUUCCCUGAGUACCGCCCUGCUGCAGCCCCCACAUUUGUUCCAUCCUUGCACUCUAACUCUCACAAGAAGGUCUUGGAAAUGAGAAGCAACGUCUUCCCCGAGGAUACACACGACAAGCAGGCUGCGCCAUGCUCAAUCCGUCCCCUAAGCCCUGGCCCGCCUGAGAGCAAUGCCACAGCUGGUACUUCAAUCGCGCAAUCAGAUUUCAACCCUGAGUAACAAGAAUGCAGAGAAUAGUUUUUCCUAGUCUUUUCAUCUCCUCUGCCUUGCCAUUUCAGUUCUUAGUUUAAUUUGCUUACUGUUUUUAUCAUUGCUUUGUUCAUUGGUUCUUUGUACAAAGAUGUAAGGAAGGUAGGGGGAAUAGAGAAAUAGAUGACCAUAUUUUAGGUGAUAGCUAGGGACGAAAGGGUUAGAUAGAAAUGGAGUUUCAGGCUAGGCAGCUGUAGUGUUAUUUAGGAACAGAUUCGGAGUCAGUGUUAGAGAUCUUUUUGUUAGACUUAUUGCUAUUUCUUUUUUCCAUCUUUACAAUAUGGGAAUUCUUUUUGCAGUUACUAUAAUUUGUUUUUAGCA